AUGGCGUCCUCCGACCCCGCCUCCGACUCUCUCGAGUCCCGUAUCUCGGCCUCGUGCCCCGCCGACACCCGCCGGAUCCUCGAGGCCGCCUGGCACCACGACACAGCCGCCCUCAAGACCCUGCUCGACGUCCCCGGCAAGGCGAGCUGCCAGGACCCCAAGACGGGCGAGACGCCGCUGCACGCCGCCAUCCGCGCCUGUGGUCAUGCUGCCCCCGAGCCCGAGUCUGGCAGUAUUGACAACACCGCCGCGGCCAAGGACACAGUCUACAAGCUCUUCCUAUACGGCGCGAUAUGGAACGACGUCGACGACCGCAACGAGACGCCCGGCUGCCUUGCCCACCGCCUGGGCCAGAGGGAGCUGUACUCGCUCUGCGUCGACGCCGGCGUGCGGGCCGAGAUGCUCUUCGGCCUGAUGGAGGGGUACGAGGAACUCUCGAGCGGGUCUGACGAAGAAGACGAAGAUAUGGAUGGUGAUGAUGCCGGAGAAGCGGGCGAGGAGGAACACCACGCGAAUGGUGCCGACGACGGCGACGAGGCGCCGGAGCUCGUCAACGUCGAAGAAGACACAGGGGCGACCGCCGAUGCAGUUGUAGAGGAGGAGCCCGAGCGCUUCGUCCCGCCCAAGACGGCCGCCGACGACGAGGUCAAGAGCGAGACGUACCUGCGCUCCAAGCUCACCUACUCGGAGGGCAAGCUCGUCGACGACGAAGGGAACGGCGUCAUGAUGGCCUGGGAGACCGACAUCAUGCAGCGCAGCGUCGACGCCCUCCUCGGCCCCGACAAGCAGCCCGGCAAGCGCGUCCUCAACGUCGGCUUCGGCAUGGGCAUCGUCGACACCAUGUUCCGCGCCACCGCGCCGGCGCGGCACCACAUCAUCGAGGCCCACCCGGAGGUCCUGGCGCGCAUAGCCCGCCCAGAGUCCACCUUUGCUGCCGCCGACUGGGAGGGCUCCGGCCCCGGCGAGGGCGAGGGCGAGGGCGAGGGCGGCGCGUACAAGGUGCACGCGGGCAGGUGGCAGGAGGUCGUCCCCGGCCUGCUCGAGCGCGGCGAGGUGUACGACGCCAUCUACUUUGACACCUUUGGCGAGGACUACAGCCAGCUGCGCCUCUUCUUCACCGAGUUCGUGCCCGCGCUGCUCGACGAGCGGGGCACCUUCAGCUUCUUCAACGGCCUCGGCGCCGACCGCCAGAUCUGCUACGACGUCUACACCAAGGUGGUCGAGAUGCACCUCGCCGACGCCGGCCUGGACGUGGACUGGAAGGAGGUCGGCGUCGACAUGCAGCAGCUGCACGAGGCCGGCAAGGGCGAGUGGGAGGGCGUCAAGCGCCGGUAUUGGACCCUCGACAGUAAGUCACACUGCAUCGUCGCUGUCAUCACGAGUCACCACUGGGACGCACCAUGUUACUAA